CAUGGGAACUAUGCGCAAACCUGCUGCGCAGAAAGCUUCGGAGCUAAACAUGAUUCUGUUCACAUACUCCAGACUGUCCCAUAUUCUGAGGACAUCAGGCAAAACUUCAGCAUUCCGAAACGGGACCGAGAUAAAACACGGAGCAGGUUGCUGUGGGCAGCUGAAAAGAUUCCAGGGGAUACAGUCAAAUGGGUCGAUGAACAAAAGAGGUCUGCAGGAUAGGCAGAAGCAGCAAAUGGCCAGAGGUCUUCCUAAGCAGAAGCCCAUCGAAGACGUCAAACAGGUGAUUGUUGUUGCUUCAGGGAAAGGCGGCGUGGGAAAGUCGACAACAGCAGUGAACUUGGCUCUUGGAUUAAUGGUCAUUGACAAGGUCAGGUUAAUGGAGCUGAUCCUUCUCUCUCAGUCUAAGUCCGUUGGUCUGUUGGAUGCUGACAUCUAUGGGCCCUCCAUUCCCAAACUCAUGAACUUGAAAGGAAACCCAGAGCUCAACGAUGAUAAUCGAAUGAUUCCUCUUAUCAACUAUGGUGUCCCAUGUAUGUCAAUGGGCUUCCUGGUGCAGGAUGCAUCCCCGGUAGUUUGGAGGGGACUGAUGGUAAUGUCUGCUGUAGAGCGCUUGCUCAGACAGGUAGAAUGGGGCUCUCUGGACUACUUGGUGGUAGACAUGCCUCCCGGGACUGGAGACGUCCAGUUGUCCAUCACUCAGAACAUUCCCAUUGCAGGGGCAGUCAUCGUUUCAACACCACAAGAUGUUGCUCUACUAGACGCUCGCAGGGGAGCCGAGAUGUUUAGAAAACUUAACGUGCCGGUUCUGGGUCUGGUUCAGAACAUGAGUGUCUUCCAGUGUCCCAACUGUCAUCAUCAUACCCACAUCUUUGGAUCCAACGGGGCAAGGCAACUUGCUGAGACGAUCAGUGUCAAGUUUUUGGGUGACGUCCCUCUUCACCUAAACAUCAGAGAGACUUCGGACAAAGGACAACCCAUAGUCAUCUCUUCUCCUGACAGCCCAGAGGCUGAGGCUUACAGGAAGGUGGCAUCUGCUGUGAUCCAGAGCCUAGAGGAACAUACCAAAUGACUAAAAACUUCUUUAUCUCUUUGUUUCUUUGAUUUUUUUUUCACUCUUUCUUUUUGUUUGUUCUUUCGCCAUUUUUGUGCUUUCAUAGACCUCUGUGAUGUUGAAAAAUCUGAAACUGUAUAACUGCCAAUGAAUAUUUAAAUAAAAUCUUAAAAGCUUA